AUGGCCCAGCCAAUGCUGGGACGGCAGAUGGGAACCGCUAGCGACGACUCCAACGUUAACAACGCCCAAAGCCUGCCGGAAAAUUGCGUACAGUAUUGCAUUUUCCUGAUCGACUCCGACGCCCAGAACAACCAGAAAAAGCAUCUCUCCCGUCUUGAGGACCUGCGCAAAUCAGCUUUACGGCUUACAACUCGCCUGACGGCUGACUAUAUUUGGCAAAAAGGCUCGCUUACCCUCGAUGUGGUUACCGACCAAGGCCUGACCUUCCUACGAGGAACAACCGAUUACGGAGAUGCCAUCGAGGACGAGUGGCUGAUAGUAUACAUCCUCAGAGAACUCUCUAAAUCUCACCCAUCUGCCUGGGUGCGCGUGUUCGAUGCAGAUGGGGAGUUCCUCCUCAUAGAAGCAGCCAAUGUUCUUCCAAAGUGGCUGAGUCCAGAAACUGACCAGAACCGCGUUUGGAUCAACCAUGGCCGCCUCCGCAUCAUUCCGCAACAAUCCGACAAGGGGUCGAAGUCAAAGCUACUGACGCUGCCAGACGCCGUGGGGAUCAUCAGAAAUGCCCCUGGCUCGCUAAUUCACUCAGACUUCAUCGAAGCCGAGGCAUUCUAUCGCCUAGAAAAAUACCCUGGCCAGAUCCAGAACUCUCUGCAUCACGCACUCGUGACGAUCCCCCGAAGGCUAGCCCAUGUUCUUCACCAGAGCCCGAAGGCUGUCGCUCCGGCUGUGGAAUCUUUCUAUCUCCGCGACGCAUUAGAUUUGAAAACUCUUCUGUCUCGGAACAAUGACCUCCACUUUCCUCCGAAGGAUCUUGUCACGCUGAGUGUAAAAUUCACCAGAGUAUUAUUUGCUCAACUCAGAUCCCAGAGGUUCGAGCCUCCCGUUCCGUGGGCCACCUUGAUUCAACAAGCAAAGGGGACAGAACAAACCCGUCUCGAAAUGGGCAUGAAACUCACAUGCGGAUUUGAAAUCAUGCUGAACAACAUUAGCAAGACCGACAGUCGUGAGGCCCAGGAGGCGAGCAUCGUUGCCGAGGACCUUAAAGAGGACGGGGACUCGGUCCUGCCUGGGGAUGAUGAAAUCAUUACAUGGAAAGAUGCUCACCGAGAAGAUGACGAGUCGUGGAUGGAUAUAAAUUACGAGGAUUUUGAAAAUGAGCUAUCAGGACGGAAAGGCGGAAACCGCAGUGGACCCAAAUCCGGCGAGUCGGUUGUAGCACCAAAUAAAUCUGCACAGACCGGGCUGGACGAAAACACAGAUGAGAAAGAAUCUGAUGACGAAGAGCUCCGGAAGCUAGCUUCCCAGUUGGAAGCAGAGCUUAAACAACAUGGCGCCCUCAAGUUAGAUCAGCCACGGAACAACGCUUCUGUACUCAAAGAUAAGGGCAAGGGCAGGCAGAAGGCAUCUGUUGACGAAAGGAAUAUGGCAGCGACGACUGAUCAUGUAAACACUGAGUACGAAGACGAGAACGAUGGCGACGAUGGUGAAGUCGACAUUGACUACAACCUAGCCAAGAACCUCCUCGAGAGCUUCAAGGGACAGGCAGGCAUGCCAGGCCCAACCGGUAACAUCCUAGGCAUGAUGGGACUUCAACUCCCGCGAGAUGAAGACACGAGUGACGUCGAGGAAAGCAAAGGAAGAUGA